AUGCCGGCCCCUCCUCAAGCACUAACCCCCACCCUCCACGCAUCCUUCCUGUGCUCCCUCGCGCUCACCCUCCUCCGAGCCGGCCGCCUCUCCGCCGCCUCCCAAAUCGUCUCCUCGUUCCCCGCCUCCCCUCCGGCUAGCCUCCUCCGCCGCCUCAUCCCUGCCCUUGCUUCCUCGGGCCUCGCCGCCGCCGCAGUCCGCUUCCGCCCCCUUCCAGGUGACCCCCACACACUCAACUCGAUCAUCCUCUCCUACUGCAAGCUCCGCUUGCUCCGCCCCGCGCUGGGCCUCCUGCGUUCCUCCUCCACGCCGCAGUCUCAGGUUGCGGUUGAUACCGUUAGCUACAACAUAUUCCUCGCUGGCCUCUCCGAGCAGGGCCAUGGGAAGCUCGCUCCGCCCGUGCUUGCCGAGAUGUGCAAGCGCGGCGUGCCCUUCGAUGGGGUCACCGUCAACACGGUGCUCGUGGGGUUGUGUAGGAGCGGCCUGGUGGAUGAAGCCGCGAGAUUGACCGAGAUGUUGGUCGGAGGCCGAGGAAUCGGCAGCUUAGAUGUGGUGGGAUGGAAUGCCCUCAUUGAUGGGUACUGUAAAGUCCAGGACAUGGCCGCAGCAUUGGCUGUGGCGGAGAGGAUAAGGAAACAAGGGGUGCCGCUUGAUGUCGUGGGGUACAAUAGCUUAGUUGCUGGGUUUUGCCACUCCGGCGAUGCUGGUGCUGCAUGGGACAUGGUGGAGGCAAUGAAGGCGGAUGGCGUGGAGCCGAAUGUGGUGACAUACACUGCGUUCAUUGGGGAGUAUUGUAAGCGCAAGGGGAUUGAGGAGGCAUUCAAUUUGUACGAGGGAAUGGUGAGAUUUGGUGUGCUGCCGGAUGUGGUCACACUUAGUGCUCUUGUCGAUGGCCUCUGCAGGGAUGGCCGGUUCUCAGAAGCAUAUGCACUUUUCAGGGAGAUGGACAACAUUGGAGCUCCACCGAACCAUGUCACAUAUUGUACACUUAUCGAUUCAUUAGUGAAAGCGCGGAGGGUCAAGGAAUCUUUUGGUCUCUUGGGAGAGAUGGUUUCAAGGGGUGUGGUCAUUGAUCUGGUCAUGUAUACAGCUAUGAUGGACUGUUUAGGUAAGGAAGGGGAGAUUGAGGAAGUGAAGGACAUACUUCAGCAUGCUCUAUUGGAUAAUCUCACCCCCAAUUGUGUUACUUACACUGUACUGAUCGAUGCACACUGCAGAACAGGCAAUGUCGACGGGGCAGAGCAGGUGCUGUUGCAAAUGGAGGAGAAAUCUGUUAGCCCAAAUGUUGUUACAUUCUCAUCAAUCCUCAAUGGUCUUGUUAAAAGAGGAUACCUCAAUAAAGCAGCUGAUUAUAUGAGGAAGAUGAAGGACAGUGGGAUUGCUCCUAAUGUUGUGACUUAUGGAAUACUUAUUGACGGCUUCUUCAAGUUCCAAGGGCAAGAAGCAGCUCUUGAUGUGUACCAGGAUAUGUUGCAUGAGGGUGUUGAAGCAAACAACUUUGUUGUUGACUCACUGGUAAAUGGUCUGAGAAAGAAUGGGAACAUAGAGGAUGCUGAAGCAUUGUUUAAAGAUAUGGGUGAACGUGGUCUGUUGCUAGACCAUGUAAACUAUACCACCUUAAUCGACGGGCUUUUUAAAACAGGAAACAUGCUAGCUGCUUUUAAGGUUGGUCAGGAGUUGAUGGAGAGAAACCUGUCACCUGAUGCUGUUGUCUAUAAUGUGUUUAUCAAUUGCCUUUGCAUGCUUGACAAGUAUAACGAAGCAAAAUCUUUUUUGAAAGAGAUGAGAAAUAUGGGCAUAGAACCUGAUCAAGCAUCAUAUAACACUCUGAUUGCUGCACUGUGCAGGGAAGGAAAGACCUCCAAAGCUCUAAAGCUACUGGAUGAAAUGAAGCGGAGUUCUAUAAAGCCUAAUCUUAUCACAUAUACUACACUUGUUGUGGGUCUUCUUCAUGCUGGGGUUGUGGAGAAGGCAAAAUAUUUGCUAAAUGAGAUGGCUUCUGCUGGAUUCACUCCAACAUCUCUGACCCAUCGAAGGGUACUGCAUGCAUGUUCUGGAAGCAGGAGAUUGGAUGUGAUUUUGGAAAUUCAUGAAUGGAUGAUGGAUGCUGGUCUUCAUGCUGACAUCAUUGUCUAUAAUACACUUGUGAAUGUUUUGUGUUGUCAUGGAAUGACAAGGAAAGCUAAAGUUGUUUUGGAUGAAAUGUUGGGGAGAGGAAUUGCACCAGACACUAUCACAUUCAAUGCUUUGAUUCUCGGCCAUUGUAAGAGUAGCCAUUUAGAUAAUGCAUUUGCAAUGUAUGCUCAGAUGCUUCGUCAAGGGCUCUCACCAAAUAUUGCUACAUUCAACACACUUCUGGGAGGUCUUGAGUCUGCUGGAAAAAUUGGAGAAACGGAUACUGUUCUCAGUGAGAUAAACAAGAUGGGUCUUGAACCCAAUAAUCUCACCUAUGAUAUACUGGUGACAGGAUAUGCAAAGAAAAGCAAUAAAGUUGAAGCACUGAGGCUGUAUUGUGAGAUGACCUGA